UUAAAAAAAGUUCUUUCUAAACAACUAGAAAGAUAAAAAAGAGAAUGAAACCUCCAUCAGAAUAGGGUCUGUGAUCAAAUGAUGCAGCUUAGCUAUGGAAACUUGUUGUAUUAACUUAUUAUAACAAGGUCAAAUUCAAACCACGUCGAUGAAAACUUUUGCCACCGUUGACCAGAUCAGAACCUUCCCUUCCUUAUUUUAAUCAUUUCGUCAACAGCUUAUGCCAGGUUAAAACUUAAGAAUUGUCACCCCUCUUCAAAAUUCUGACAAAUAGUCAAAUCAAAUUUUGGUAAACGAACGCCGGAAUUAAAGAAAGAAAAAAAAUUUCAUGUCAUCAACCAAAGAUAAAUACCGAAGUAGCGGAACCAUGCUUUACAUUGUUACCAUUUUUUUUUUUUUUCAUUCUUCUCAUGGGGCAUAAGCUUCAAAGCUUGCAUUUGUUUCAGCUUGGCCGGUGCUUCAGCUCUAAAGGGCGGCGGACAUAUCCAGCUCCACCGAAAUCAUCGUCCGUGAAGGUUAUUGGGCUGGACGGGCGGGUCAUAGUCUAUAACCGGCGGGUAAAGGUGGAGGAGUUGAUGAAGGAACACGCUUGCCAUCUCGUUUGCCGGUCGGACUCUUUCAUCAUAGGGCAGAAAUUGUCUGCUCUCUCGGCCGCCGAGGAACUUCAGAUGGGCGAAAGCUAUUUCGUUCUUCCUUCUCAAUUCUUUCAAUCCGUUCUCUCCUUUGUAACCAUAGCCUCUUCGAUAGCUAAAAUCGGCGGCCGCGGAGGAGGCGGUUCUUUCAAGCAUUUCGACAUACACAAGACGGAGAAUGGAAAGCUGCAGAUAAGGAUUGGUGAAGAGGUGGAUGAAAUGAUUGGGGAGGAGGAAGAGGAAAUUAAAAAAGACGGGGUCUUGUGUACGACGACGGAUAUGGUGAAGGAAUAUGAGAAGAUCGUGGGAUCCAAUGCGCAGCGGUGGAGGCCGAAGCUAGAAGUGAUAGCUGAGUCGCCGGAGGGGAGGAGGCGCAGAAAGAGAGAAAUGAGUUUUGGAGAUUUUGGAGGGUUGAGGAUGAAAAUGUAAGUAUAAUCUCUGCCCUAAGUUGCCUUAAUUUUUUUU